AUGUAUGUCCAGGCUCUAUUUAAUCGGUUGGUACCCUUGACUGGAGGUCAGAGGAAGUUUUCCCCAGUUCAGAUCAACAGACUUGAAAAACUAGGUAUAAAGAAAACUGACCCCAGCACGUUAACAGAAGAGGAAAUCACACGCUUCGUCAGGCUGGAUAUUGACCCUGAGUCCAUAACUUGGCAGCGAGUGCUGGACACAAAUGAUCGUUUUUUGAGAAAAAUCACGAUUGGCCAAUCUCCAACUGAGAAGGGAUUCACCAGAACUGCCCAGUUUGACAUCACUGUAGCCAGUGAGAUUAUGGCAGUUUUAGCUCUCACCACCAGUCUGGCUGACAUGAAGGAGAGACUUGCAAAAAUGGUGGUGGCCACCAGUCGCAGUGGUCAGCCUGUCACCACCGAGGAUUUGGGAGUGUGUGGAGCUCUGACAGUACUCAUGCGAGAUGCCAUCAAGCCAAACCUCAUGCAGACACUUGAGGGAAACCCUGUGUUUGUUCAUGCUGGACCUUUUGCAAACAUUGCACAUGGAAACUCUUCAAUCUUGGCAGAUAAAAUUGCUCUGAAACUAGUUGGACCUCAGGGAUUUGUGGUCACUGAAGCAGGUUUUGGAGCAGAUAUUGGAAUGGAGAAAUUUUUCAAUAUCAAGUGUCGCCACUCUGGUCUGAAGCCUCAUGCUGUGGUCUUGGUUGCCACAGUUCGAGCACUUAAGAUGCAUGGAGGUGGUCCAACGGUCACCGCGGGCACGCCUCUGCCAAAAGAAUAUAUUGAAGAGAAUCUGGCACUGCUGGAAGCCGGCUGUAGUAACAUGAGGAAGCAAGUGGAGAACGCUCAGCUUUUUGGGGUUCCAGUAGUUGUGGCUGUCAACGCUUUCAAGACAGACACAAAGGCUGAACUGGGUCUAAUCUGUAAACUAGCCAAAGAGGCAGGAGCGUUUGAUGCUGUGCAUUGUUCUCACUGGGCUGAUGGAGGCGCUGGUGCUGCAGAUCUGGCUAGAGCAGUGCAAAAAGCAGCAGACUUACCCAGCAGCUUCAAAUUUCUUUAUGACAUUGAGUUACCUAUUGUAGACAAGAUCAGAAUCAUUGCGCAGAAGAUCUAUGGUGCAGAUGACAUUGAACUUCUUCCAGAGGCCCAACACAAGGUGGACCUGUACAGCAAACAGGGUUUUGCAAGUCUACCCAUAUGUAUGGCAAAAACUCAUCUGUCUCUGUCACAUGAUGCUGAAAAGAAAGGUGUGCCUACUGGAUUUGUUCUUCCAAUUCGUGACAUUCGUGCCAGUGUAGGGGCAGGCUUUCUCUACCCACUGGUUGGCACAAUGCCGACUAUUCCUGGCCUUCCUACUCGUCCAUGUUUCUAUGAUAUAGAUCUUGACACUGAGAGUGAAGAGGUUCAUGGACUUUUUUAAUUUUUGGGGGAUUACAGUUUUUGGCAGUCCACAAAGAAUUCCUUCACUGGAUUAAAGACCUCAGUCUUCCUCUCAGAUCAGAGGUUGUUAUUUCUAACAGGACAGAUGUGCUGUCAUAACUUUUGAUAUAUUCUGAUCUAUAACAUUUGUCUAUUUUCCUAAUGAAAAUUUCUAAGAAAUAUAUUUAUUAAACUACACUACCCUACACUACUACACUGAGCAAAAAAAGAAAGAAAAAAAAAAGAAAUUGUCCAUUACAUGAUCUAAUCCAAAUAUAUUUGUAAUAACUAAUUUUGCAGAUUAAUAAUUGUGCUAUUUUUUAAUAACGGUUUUCAAUCUAUAGGGUUUCUAUCAACCUUUUUUUCACUUUUCAUGUGCCAAACGAGAGUAAAAACUGACUUUGAGUGAAUAAGUCUAUACUAACAUUUGUCAGAUACAUAUUUUUGAUUCUGUUUGAAUGCAUUUACCUUGUGAAUACAAAAUUCAAAUAAAUUGUAACUGAGCCUCAGAUACAGUCUACUUAA